CGUUGACCAGCACAAAGACAGCUAGGCUUACCCCAGACUGACGGGACGACGACGACCACGACGACGACAAGAGCGACGAGGUCACACGCCGCCCGUGGCCAAUUUUUCUUGGACCACCCGACCCGACCUACUCAGACCAGUUCGGUUGGCGAUAACAACAACGCUAGCAAGCACAAAUACCAGCCUGCAAGCGAUAUCCGCUUCUUCCCAGCCUCUUGUUCUUCACACGCACAAUGACCCGCUCCCAGUCGCCGAGCGAGCGUACGCCGCUCAUCUCGCGUCCCGGGUCGCCGGAGCGCGAGUACGCGACGGGGUUCCGCAAGACGCUGAUCGUCUGGACGACCAUGGUGUCCUUCUUCCUCACGUCGCUGGACAUGACGAUCGUCGCGACCUGCGUCCCCACCAUCUCGUCCGAGCUCAACUCGUUUGACCGCGAGCCGUGGAUCGGCACGGCGUACCUCUGGUCCUCGGUCACAUUUACGCCGCUGUACGGGCGGCUAGCCGACAUUCUCGGCCGCCGCGUCUCGUACCUCCAGGCGCUGCUGCUCUUCACCGUCGGCACCUUCUUCUGCGGCUUCGCGCCCAACUUCAACUUCCUGAUUCUGGCUCGCUUCGUCGCAGGCAUGGGUGGCGGUGGCGUCGGCACCGUGUCGAAUGUCAUCAUGGCCGAGGCCUUCUCCAAGGCCGACAUGGGCUUCUACCAGGGCGUGAGCUUUGCCGUCUUUGGCGCGGGUCUCGGCCUCGGCGGACCCGUCGGCGGCUGGCUCACGCAGCACUUUGGCUGGCGUGCGGCUUUCUAUGCCCAGGUCCCCAUCUCUGCCGUCCUCCUAUUCAUCGCACCCCUAUGCGUCGAGCAGAAGGAGAAGGCAUCCUACUCGCUCGAAAAGCUCAAGGAGAUCGACUUUGGCGGAUCGUUCACGCUGCUCGUCGCCAUUGGCGCGUUCCUCCUCCUCCUCGAGCGCUCGGCCGCCGACAUUCCCAUCACGCACGACGCGAUCGCCAUCGCCGCCGCCUCGAUCACGGUCGCGUCGUUCGUCGCCUUCAUCAUCAUCGAGCUCAAGUUUGCGCGCAAGCCCAUCCUCCCACUGUCGUUCCUCCGGCGCCGCGUCCAGCUGUGCGUCGGCAUCAUCGCGGGCACGAUCGCCGUCGUCAACUUUAACAUGAUGUACCAUCUCCCGAUGGUCUUCGAGGUCGUCUUCAAGCAGAGCCUCUCCGAAGCCGGCGCGCACCUCAUCCCCAACUCGAUCGCCAUGACGGUCGUCGCGCCCCUGGUCGGCAUGUAUGUGAAGAAGACGAAGCGGUACCAGAAGGCAAUGCUACUCUUCGCCCUCGGCCCCAUCAUCGCCAUGCUGCUCCUCAUCAACCUCAAGCCCGGCGCGUCGUGGGCGCACCAGUGGCUGAGUGUGCUGCCCAUGGGCGCGGGCUUCAACGGCAUCCUGACGCUCAACCUCAUCGCCAACCUCAACACGAUCGACCCGUCCGAGAUCGCCAUUGCGACGGGCUACAUCUCGCUGUGGCGUGCCGUCGGGCAGGUGUUUGGCGUCGGCCUGUCCGGCGCAGUGUUCCAGAACUCGCUCGGCGUGUACCUCUCGGAACGGUUCACGUCCGAGAAGCUCCUCGCCAAGCUGCGCCGCUCGACGCACGAGAUCCCGCUGCUGAGCGAGAAGAAGCAGGCGCUCGCGCGCGAGGCGUACCAGUUUGCCCUGCGCAACACGUUCAUCUUGGGCCUCAUCGGCGCCGUGUUUGUGCUCCUCACCACGCUGGCCAUCCCCGACGAGCCGCUGACCGACCCCGAUGAGAAGGUCAACGAGGCCGAGGCCGAGGCGUGGGCCGAGGAGGAAGAGGUGUAGGCGGUGGUGGUGUAGGCGUUGUGUUCGUAUGCUGUUUCGUCGGGUG